UAUUCUUAUUAUUGGUAAAACUGUAAUGCCAAGUCUGGUGCCACCAAUUCCAACUGUGAUGAGUUGUAAGUAACUUUAAGAGAAACUAAGGUCCCUCUCAAUUCUGAAGUUACAAGGUCAUACUAGAUUUUGAUGCUUCACUCUAUGAUUUGUUCUCAGCCUCCCGGAACCGAAUUUCAUUCCAAGAGCCAGACCAGGAAAUGAAGAACAGUUAAGCUCAGAAGCUGGAACUAUCACCUGCAUUUAUUUUGCACCAAACAAGACUCAUGAAGUUACAGUUCUCUACUGUUGUACUUAUUCUAUUAGGCUCCACACUCUCUCUAUGUGGCCUGAUUGUAGCUGACUUGAGUUCUGACCAACAAGCUCUAUUGGAGUUUGCUUCUAGUGUUCCACAUGCACCAAGGCUCAACUGGAAGAAUAACUCUGCUUCAAUUUGCACCUCAUGGGUUGGUGUGACUUGCAACUCAAAUGGAACACGUGUCAUAGGCCUCCACCUUCCAGGAAUAGGAUUAUCAGGGUCCAUUCCAGAGAACAGCAUAGGAAAACUAGAUGCUCUUAGGGUCCUGAGUCUUCAUUCCAACGGCCUUCGAGGAAAUCUUCCUUCUAACAUCCUCUCCAUUCCUUCACUCCAAUUUGCAUACCUUCAGCACAACACCUUCUCUGGCCUAAUUCCUUCUCCUGUGUCCCCUAAACUCACCGCAUUAGAUAUUUCCUUCAACUCCUUUACUGGCAGCAUCCCUCCAGCCUUUCAGAACCUUAGAAGACUCACUUGGUUGUAUCUCCAAAACAAUUCCAUAUCAGGAGCUAUUCCUGACUUCAACCUUCCAAGUCUCAAGUAUUUGAACUUGAGCAACAAUAACUUGAAUGGCUCAAUUCCAAAUUCCAUAAAAACAUUCCCUUAUACUUCUUUUGUUGGAAACUCUCUCUUGUGUGGAGCACCUCUCAACCAUUGCUCUACAAUCUCCCCUUCUCCUUCUCCUUCUCCUUCCACUGAUUACGAGCCACUCACUCCACCAACGGCACAAAACCAAAAAGCUCCCAACCAUAAGAACAACUUUGGCCUAGCUACUAUACUUGCUCUAGUUAUUGGGGUCAUUGCCUUCUUCUCUCUACUAGUUGUGGUGAUUUGUGUGUGCUGUUUGAGGAGGAAGAAAAACAGUGAAAGCAGUGGCAUACUGAAAGGAAAGGCUUCUUGUGCUGGUAAGGCUGAGAUUUCAAAGAGUUUUGGAAGUGGUGUGCAAGGGGCUGAAAAGAACAAGCUGUUUUUCUUUGAGGGUUCCUCUCAUAGCUUUGACCUUGAGGAUUUGCUGAAGGCUUCAGCUGAAGUUCUUGGAAAAGGAAGCUAUGGAACUGCAUACAAGGCUGUUUUGGAGGAGGGAACAACAGUGGUAGUUAAAAGGUUGAAGGAAGUUGUGGUAGGAAAGAAGGAGUUUGAGCAACAGUUGGAGAUUGUGGGGAGAAUUGGAAGCCACCCCAAUGUGAUGUCCCUAAGAGCUUAUUAUUAUUCCAAAGAUGAGAAACUUCUGGUUUACAACUACAUGCAAGGUGGCAGCUUGUUUUUCUUGUUGCAUGGAAGCAGGGGUGCAGGAAGAACCCCCUUAGACUGGGAUUCAAGAGUGAAGAUUUUGCUUGGAGCUGCCAAGGGAAUUGCUUUCAUCCACUCAGAGGGGGGUCCAAAGUUCACACAUGGCAACAUAAAGUCAACCAAUGUGCUCAUAACCCAAGAACUUGACAGCUGCAUAUCCGAUGUGGGACUUCCACCUCUCAUGAGCACCCCGGCAACCAUGUCAAGAGCCAAUGGGUACAGAGCUCCAGAAGCCACUGACUCAAGGAAGAUCACUCACAAGAGUGAUGUCUACAGCUUUGGUGUGCUGCUGCUGGAAAUGCUGACAGGGAAGACACCACUUAGGUAUCCAGGGUUUGAGGAUGUGGUUGAUCUUCCAAGGUGGGUGAGGUCCGUUGUUAGAGAGGAAUGGACUGCUGAAGUGUUUGAUGAGGAGCUUCUGAGAGGGCAAUAUGUUGAAGAGGAAAUGGUGCAGAUGCUUCAGAUUGCAUUGGCUUGUGUGGCUAAGGGGCCAGAUAAUAGGCCUAGAAUGGAUGAAGUUGUUAGAAUGAUUGAGGAGAUUAAGCACCCUGAGUUGAAGAACAGGCCAUCCUCUGAGUCUGAGUCUAAUGUGAACACUCCAUGAAUCCUUCAUAUUCUGUCUUGCAUGCCCUCAGGCCUCAACCAAUAAGCAUGUUUCAUUGUAAAACACUGAUGUUUUUUUUUUUCCUUCAUGUUGGCCAUAAAAGUUUCCUUUCAUGUUUCACAUUAUUUGUUGAGUUAUGAAACUUUUGGCUGAUUGCUCUUCAGUCGAUGGAAAUAAUUCAAGUUCCAUUUUGUAAA